AGGGACCUGCGGGCUCCGGCCCAUGGCUUCUCACUAUGGCAUGUCGCGCGUCGUGGGUGGCACAGAUGCCCAGCCAGGGGCCUGGCCCUGGAUCGUCAGCAUCCAGGAUCCCUGGAAAAUAGGCACGGGGCAUAUAUGCGGAGGGUCCCUCAUCAGCCCACAGUGGGUCCUCACAGCAGCCCACUGCUUCAUCGAAGCCAGGCACAUCACAAUGUGGCGCGUGGUGAUUGGGGCCACCCAGUUGACUCAGCUGGGCCCUGAGGCCCAAGUGCGCAAUAUUAAGCGGCUACUGGUUCACGAACGCUAUAGUAAUAUCUCGGAGAGGAACGACAUUGCAUUGCUGGAAUUGGACCAGCCUGUCCAGUGCAGCUACUACAUACAACUUGCCUGUGUGCCUGACGCCUCGCUGAGAGUGUCAGAGCUGACAACCUGCUACAUCAGUGGUUGGGGUUCCACGACUGCAAGAUCUGGACGAUCAACUGAUGUCCUGCAGGAGGCCAAGGUCCGUCUCAUUGAUGUCAACCUCUGUAACAGCAGCCGGUGGUAUAGAGGGGCCAUCCACACUCACAACUUGUGUGCUGGCUAUCCGCAGGGUGGCAUUGACACCUGCCAGGGUGACAGUGGUGGUCCUCUCGUGUGCAAAGACAACAAUGCUGACUACUUCUGGCUUGUUGGAGCAACCAGCUGGGGGAAAGGCUGUGCGAGAGCAAACCAGCCGGGAGUCUACACCUCCACUCAGCACUUUUAUGACUGGAUCCUGGUACAGAUGGGAUUGCACCCAGAAGUAAGGGCUACUCCAGCAUCACGGGCAUGGAGUCAUUUUCUCACCGCCUCAACCCCCUUUCAGAGGCCAAUACCAACACAAUCGGGGAGGUUUACACCCUGCCCAUUUCCACGCCAGAAGCUGGUGGAAUUCUUUACUCGGGUGCAGGAGCUCCUGCAGGUCCUAAAGGGAAAAAAGGCUUGAGCAGCAGGAUGAACAGGAUCCAGUGCAGGCUGCAGUGUACCACAACCAUUUCCUUCUGGGGCAAUGCCUGCUGAUCCAAAGGCAGCCUCAGAGUCAAAGGCCUGCUCUGUCCUGCCCAUGCUCCUCUGAGUGCACACAAAUGCUGAAGUUGACUUAGUUCUUGAAAUAAAGUUGCCAAUUUUCACAGCUAACCAAGCUUCAGUCCAAUUCAGUCUCCUGUGCAAGGCAAGGACUUCAUGCCUGGCACCUGCAAAAUGAGGCUGC